AUGCGCCUACUUGAAGAGGAGGGCCGUAUCAAGCUCGUGGGAUCUAGCUAUCCCACAAAUUCAGGGUUUUGGAAACUAUGGGUGAAAGCAAAGCCAUCAGUUAAAUUGAAUCAUAACGGGGGCGCGUGCUCGAACUUCGUGACCCUAACUUCUAAGCGCGACAAGCCUGACGCGCCGGACCUCGGCCAUAUGUCGCCCAACUUACACACGGACCCCGAAUGGGAGCACUUGACACUUGGACGCGCACUACGGACGCUUAGACAACGCGAACUAGCCGGUGACGAGUUGCGCGCGGAAUGGAGUUCGCAACUUGUGCGAGCGAUCGCGGCCUCGUGCGGUUGCCGUGGCGACGAGCGACCGUGUGCGACCGCGGCGGCCUGGUGUGGAGCUUACACUGAUUUUUUGUCGGAGGCAUCGCCGCUCGCCCGCCGCGUGCUCUACAUACGACCGGUG